GCCCUGCCUCUCACAGGCCGCCCUGUUUUCUUUCCCGUACGUGAACGGCUGAAGGCGCCGGCCCCGCCGCGGCCAUGCUGGUGAGCAAGAGGGUGAAGCGCCUCUUGCAGCUGGUGCCUGGGAAGCGGCGCUUCGGCGUUUACAGGUUCCUGCCCUUCUUCUUCCUCCUCGGGGGAGCCAUGGAGUGGUUCAUGAUUAACGUCCGCGUUGGCAAGGAGACGUUUUAUGACGUUUACCGUAGGAAACGAUCUGAAAGGCAGUACGAGGCAAGGAUGGAAAAAAAUGAAUUUUAGCUGAAGCGUUUCAAGGGGAAGGUCCCGAAUGCUUCAACUGUAUUAAUACCAAAGAGGCAUUACUGCCACGUUGACAGUAGGGGAAGAUUUUUGCCUCUGCAAGAUGAACUGUAAUCCACAAGUCUGUGUAAUGCACUCUCAGAUGGUUUUGGCAGUUUUAGUCUUCUUCCAUCUACUUCACAUCUUUAAUAUUUUGUAUUUAAGCCAAAUACAAUAGCCAAAAGUUCAUUGUGUUUAGGCUUCUGCCAUUUAUUUAAUGUUUAGUAUUUUUAAAUAAACUAAACUGAUUAAAGAGAGUCUGGCUACUGCUUUUCUUUGUUUGAUGAGACCCCAUUCUUGUGCGGAGACCAAGGGGAAAGAAACGUUACAUAUUGCAUACGCAUAUCUCAGCACAAUGGAAACAGUAAUUUUUAGUUAGUUUCCUUUGUACUGAUAGAAACUGCUCUGGCAUCUGAUUUGUUUUCUUUCC